GCAGGGACCUCUGGGAGCGGGGCGGGUGCUCACGUGCCUCCUUCCCUCCCCGACUGUGCGCCGCGGCUGGCUCGGGUUCCCGGGCCGACAUGGGUGCCGCUGCGUGGGCACCGCUGCUGAGCGUGUCUUUCCUGCUGCUGCUUCUGCCGCUCCCGGGGAUGCCCGCGGGCUCCUGGGACCCGGCCGGUUACCUGCUCUACUGCCCCUGCAUGGGGCGCUUUGGGAACCAGGCGGAUCACUUCUUGGGCUCUUUGGCAUUUGCAAAGCUGCUAAACCGUACCUUGGCUGUCCCUCCUUGGAUUGAGUACCAGCAUCACAAGCCUCCCUUCACCAACCUCCAUGUGUCCUACCAGAAGUACUUCAAGCUGGAGCCCCUCCAGGCUUACCAUCGGGUCAUCAGCUUGGAGGAUUUCAUGGAGAAGCUGGCACCCACCCACUGGCCCCCUGAGAAGCGGGUGGCAUACUGCUUUGAGGUGGCAGCCCAGCGAAGCCCAGAUAAGAAGACAUGCCCCAUGAAGGAAGGAAACCCCUUUGGCCCAUUCUGGGAUCAGUUUCAUGUGAGUUUCAACAAGUCGGAGCUUUUUACAGGCAUUUCCUUCAGUGCUUCCUACAGAGAACAAUGGAGCCAGAGAUUUUCUCCAAAGGAACAUCCGGUGCUUGCCCUGCCAGGAGCCCCGGCCCAGUUCCCUGUCCUGGAGGAACACAGGCCACUACAGAAGUACAUGGUAUGGUCAGACGAAAUGGUGAAGAUGGGAGAGGCCCAGAUUCACGCCUACCUUGUCCGGCCCUAUGUGGGCAUUCAUCUGCGCAUUGGCUCUGACUGGAAGAACGCCUGUGCCAUGCUGAAGGACGGGACUGCAGGCUCGCACUUCAUGGCCUCUCCGCAGUGUGUGGGCUACGGCCGCAGCACAGCGGCCCCCCUCACGAUGACUAUGUGCCUGCCUGACCUGAAGGAGAUCCAGAGGGCUGUGAAGCUCUGGGUGAGGUCACUGGAUGCCCAGUCGGUCUACGUUGCUACUGAUUCUGAGAGUUAUGUGCCUGAGCUCCAACAGCUCUUCAAAGGGAAGCUGAGGAAACCAAAGUCCCAAGAAAGGAUAGAGUUUACCCAAGCAGUCCCAGAGCUAAUUAUAAUGGGCAUGACACAGAGUGGGUGAAGGUGGUGAGCCUGAAGCCUGAGGUGGCCCAGGUCGACCUGUACAUCCUCGGCCAAGCCGACCACUUUAUUGGCAACUGUGUCUCCUCCUUCACUGCCUUUGUGAAGCGGGAGCGGGACCUCCAGGGGAGGCCGUCUUCUUUCUUCGGCAUGGACAGGCCCCCUAAGCUGCGGGACGAGUUCUGAUUCUGGCCAGAGCACCAGACCCUCUGAUCCUGGAGGGACCAGAGUCUGAGCUGGUCCUUCCAGCCAGGCCUGGCAGCCAGAGGUGCUCCAGGAUUGCAUACUCCUCUUCUCACCUGCCAAAGAUGGAGAAGAGUGCCAGGGACCCCUGGAGGAGGGAGACGUUCCAUAUCCCAGGGCAUAGGACUUCCAGGUUCCUAGGAGCAGGAGCAUCUCCCAUCGCACGUGCUUUCUGCUCUUCUGGGAAUUUCUCACACCGGCAAAGCAGUCCAGCCUCCGUCUUCUGGUCUACUCUGCUCUGAGCAGCCUGGGAUGCUGAACUCUUCAGAGAGAUUUUUUUUAUAGAGAGAUUUCUAUAAUUUUGAUACAAGGUCAUGACUGUCCUAGAACUCUCUGUGGUUUUUGAAAAUCAGUGAAUUCUAUUAACAUAGGUACCUAAAGUGACCUUAACUGAAUGUGGAUGAGGCUGGGGCUGGUGUGGGUCUUUUGGCUGCUUUUCAAGGUGUCCCCCCAAUGUGGCCCUCAAGAGCCAUCCCCACUGCCUGGCCAGAGCCAUUGUUGUCCCCCACUUCCUAGGCCAUUUCUGGGGCUUGGGGGAUGAAUACUGUCCUGUGUUGUAAACACUAUGCAAAUGGAAGUUAUCGGUUGUGGUGCUGUGCAGCGCUCUGUGGGCGACUAAGUGCCACUCACAUAGCAUGUUCCUGGCAAAGAGCACAUACCAUCAAGCCACACUAUCAUGGUAUUGUUCUCACAGUCUUUUGGUGGUUGGUGGCCACUGCAAACCUGGCACCAUCAGAUCUCUUCUGAUCUCUUGCCCCAGUGGGGCCUGGUUGGUAGAAUGUUGGCAUUAGGUUAAUAUCCAAAGCCUGUUCUCCCAGCCGUCCUCCUGCAGCUGGAGCCUUCAGGCCGUAUUCUCACGAGUGAACGUUUGCCAAGGCUCUGACCACACAGAAGAUGCCCAGGCCCAGAAACCAUCAGAAUUAUCAGUGGAGAAGCACCUUUUGACUCUUCCCUUCCGAUGUAAUCUCUGCCAACACCAUGAGGCUUAAGGUGCUCUAAGUCAUGAGUGUUUUGGUCUCAGAUGCUGCAGUUUUAAUAAUCUAUGACUCCUGAGAGCCCAUGGUUUUUUGACCUUGUGGUUCUAAAAUUCCAUGUCUGACCCCUGUAGAUCUUUUCCUUGCCAUGUCACCUCCCUUGGCCUUUGAUCCUUGAAACGUGGCAGAGCCUCCACUGAGCCAGGCCCAGAGCUCCUUGCAGUGCCUUCACCCUUGUUUACCUGUGGGAGGAAACACUUUUUUUGUCAGGGGCAGCCUGGGUCAGAGCUCAGAGGUCACACUGUAUCAAAGAUCUCAAACAGCAAAGUCAGCAUUUGCUAUAUAGAGCUGCCACCCAACUCUAAGCAGGAGAAACUGUACAGAAAGGGCUUUGCUAUUUUUCCCUUUUGGGAAAAUAAUGAAGUGUUUUAAGUCCUGGGUGGACUGAGAGAUGGUUUGCCUGUCCAGACUUGCUCUCAAGCCUCAUCCAGAGAAGAAGCUGCAGAUGAGGGAGCCCGUACACUCCCUGCUGCCACUAGGUUGUAAGCCUGUGGCUGGCUGGCUGGCUGAUUUCAUUUUGGAAUUCAUUUGCCAUCCACAGCCUUACACUAGGCAUACACGUUAGAGUCUGGGGCUCCAGUGGGGCCAUCCUAAUUUUUUUUUCCCCCAAGGCAGGGCCUUGCUCUGUCUCCCAGGCUGGAGUGCAGUGGCAUGAUCAUGGCUUACUGCAGCCUUGAUCUCCCAGGCUCAAGCGAUCCUUCCGCCUCAGCCUCUCUGGUAGCUGAGACUGCAUGCCCAGCUCCAAAUCACCUUGAUUCAUAUCAGCUGUAAUAAUCACUUGUGUUCUGAAAGAAAGGGCACCAGAAGUUCUAGCAAAAUUCAGUUGUGUUCUGUGAGCUAGCACUUUUUCCUCUGACCCAAUUUUCUUACCUAUAAAAUGGUGAUAAAACCCAACAGGUUGUUCAAAGUCCCAGAUCAGCUAAAGCAUGUAUAUAAGCACGUUGUAAACUUGAAAGAGACAAAGGCACAAAUGUGGCUGUUGAUUAAUUUGACUGCCUCUCGUUGCUCAUCACCUCCAUGCCAGGCACUGUGCUUGCUAGGUGCUUUAUGGGCAUUCUCUUAUUUAUUCCCCAGCCCUGGGAAAUAGGAGCUGUCAUUAUCCUUCUCUUUCUGCACAAGGAAAAAUUAAUGCCCUGAGAAUUCUCAUAAUUUUCCCAAGGCUGCCCAGCUGGUGGUGUUAAGCCAGAAUUUGAACUCCCAGAGCCAGUUUCCAUUAGCCACCAUGCUCUGCUGCCUCUAAUUCACAGAAUGCACUUUCCACCCUGUGUGCCAUGGAGGCCUCCUAUGGAAAAAUGGUCAGCCACCUUACCUUCUACUGGGUACCUGCUGUGAGUCUGCCUAAGCCAGAAGGAUUAAGGAGGGGAGGUUACCCAAGAAACAAAGCCUACAUGCCGCUUACAGCCCCCAUUGGAUGGUUACUCAGUACAACAGUCUUUCAUUCAGCAGGUGUUUGUUCAUCACCUACUAUGUGUCAGGCUCUAUGCUAGGUACUGGGGAUGCAGGAGAGAAUCAAGCAUAAAGUCUUUGUUCUCAAGGAAUUUGCAUUCUAGAAAGUAGAAGAUGUAAUAAAUGUACUGUGGGAGGUGUUGAUAAGUGCUAUAAAGAAAUGUAAAGGGUUUGGGAGCAAAAAGAGGGAGUGGAUCUAUUUUAGAUAAGGAGCCCAGGUAAGACCUCUAAAGAGCUGCCAUGAAGGAGGGAGGGAGCACAUUCCUGGCAGAGAAAACAGCACGUGCAAAGGCGCCGAGACUGGAGUGUGUGCCUGAAGAGCAGCCAGGAGGCGAGCAUGGCUGGAGAGGCAGGCAUAGGCAGGGAACCGAGCAGCAGGUCAGAGCAGGCGAGCUGACAUUCUGCAGCCUGGAUGGCCAUGGCAGGAAGCUUUUAGUUGGAGAGAUACAGGAAGCCUCCUAGGGUUCUGAGCAGAAGAGGGGCAUGAGCUGAUUCAUAUUCUGAAGGACCUCUCUAGCUGGCCAGUGCUGAGGAGGAUGGAGAGAGAAAGGGUGAAAGCAGAGAGACAAGUGCAGGGCUGUUACAGGGUUGCAGGCGAGAGACUAGAGUGCUGGGCUCCCCUAGACUAGGACUCCAGUGCCCUCUCCCAAGAGACAAAGGCCAUUGCAUUGAAGGAGGUGGGAAAUGGUUAGAUUCUGAACAUAUAUAAUUAUUUUUCAGUCUUUUUCAAAGAUACAAAUAUUUACAUAGUUUUAAUCAUGCAAUAUGUACAAUUUAAUGUCCCAGUGUUUUACUUAAUAGUGUAUCAUGUUUUCCCUGUUGGUAUGUAGCCUGGAUAAAUGCUCUUAAUUAUAAAAAAUUCUACCAAGGAA